AUGUCAAGUGAUGGCAAACCUGGAGAUAAAGAAUCAAAGUAAAGAUGACAGGGGAAAUGACAGUGGUCUUGUUUUUGCUUAUUUAGAAUUAGAAAAUAGCCAGAGAAAUUCUGACCCUAUACCAGAUGAAGAAAUUAACUACUGUUUUUCAAGCUGCACGAGACUGGAAGGAGGAUAAUAAGCAUAACUUCCAGAUAAUAUUCAUAAUGGUGGUACCUUUGAUUGGCAGAAGGGUGAGGAAAUCAUGAAAAAUGUUCAAAACUCCAUGAGGAUUUCAUGAAAAUGUAGUAUGUUUUUCGAGUAUGGGUAUCAGGUUAAUGUGACUGUCACAACAAACAUCCUCAGACCGUCCCCUGACUAUUCCCUAACCCAAAUCCUUUUUAUUUUUAAUGAUGAUAACUUAAAGGUAAAAAUACUUUUUUAGUAAUGAUGUUCCUGGCUGAUGUGUUUUGAUCUUACAUAACAGAUGGCUUAGUGAGUAAUCAGCCUGACACUGUUAGUACAGGUGUUAAAGUUUCUUAAUUUUUUUUUCUGGGAAUCGUGUAUCGGAUAGUUUACUGACUGGCCUAAUUAAUAUGCAUUUAACAUUUUAUUAAAUGAAUCUUGCAAUAAUACUUUGGGCUGACUUCUCUAUAAAUGAUGCAUAUAAUUACAAUGAAUACAUAUAUAUGUCACAACUUGCAAUUGAAGAGGGCUCGAUCUGUAAGCUUUUAAUGGACUAGCACCUCGUUCAUUGAUAUGGGCCACUGCUAUAUAGUUUUGAUACCCAUAAUUUUUUUUUAUAUAAGAACCUGUUCAAUUUGGGCAGGUUGAAGUGGCUCUUAUUUGUUUGGCACUUUGUGAAAUUUCAGCCUGAAGGUUCUUGUGUGAUUACAGUAUCAGUUUACAUAUGUUACUUUCUGUGUUUAUAUACUAAGCACACUUCUCUGUUUAGGUCUGUUUGCAGCAGCACAUGACUUGAAGGUAGAGUGGAUUGUUAUUAAAGGUGUCUCUGAUUUCGCUGAGAACUGGAAAUCAAACACAGAUGCUUGGAGAGCAUUUGCGAGUCUUAUGGCUGCUUCUUUAACAUUUCAUAUUCUUGGUGAUAGCAUAGUUUUCAAGGAUUGGCCUCAUUAUGAA